AUGGCAGAAUUGACAAGUACUCUCGGUACAAUCAUACCUACAGCCCUUUCAGAUAUUUUUCAUGGAUUUGUUAAAUCAAAAGUAUUGUUCACCGCCUGUGAAUUAGGUAUAUUUGACGUACUGUGCGAUAAGCAUUCGGCAGAACAUGUGGCAGAAAAUGUUAAACCAAGCUGCAAAACUGGCUCAACUCGUCGUCUUCUUGACACACUUGUAGCUAUGCAAUUACUUGUCAAAGAAAUGGACAGCGACCCGCCUGUCUACUCCAAUAGCCAAACUGCAGAGGCAUUUCUUACUAGGAAAAGUCCCAAGUCUCUCAUAAGCUACUUUGAAUUCCUCCACGCCACCGAUUACAAGCUAUUUGACAACCUGAAGCAUGCGGUUGUCGAGGAGGAGCCACAAUGGCAACGAGCCUUCGAUCAGCCGGCUUCAGAAAUUUACAAAAUAGUGCAUUCCAAUAAAGAAGAGCUGGUGCGUAUCUACUCGAGAUUUGAUUGA